GUUUACCAACCAUCGCGUUUUCCCCCCUUCGCGUCAAAAUAACAUUUUCUAAUAUCUUCUUAUAUUUUCGACAUCGUGAAAUCGCGCGAGUGGCGAUAAAAUUUCGUUCGUAUUUCUAUAUCGGAUGUACGAUACAUCCUGUCAUAUAUAUAGUGACACGUGUUUUCGUUGAGAUAAACUUGCGCCCGACAAACAAGCACAGCCAACUUCAGAGGCGUGUCAUGUUUGCGCUUAGCGCGUUACUUCCCCAUCGCUUUCGUCGAGUUUCGUCGUCGAAAAUCUAUGAGAGAUGCUGUCGUUAGGCCCGAAAAAGGACGGCGGACCCAACGCCAAAUUCUUCGAGGCACAGGAAGUUCUUACCCAGCUUGACGGUGUCAAACAGUGGCUUCUCAAGAAUUGCAAGAAGUAUGUGCAAACGGAUCCGCCCACUAAUAAGAGUUUAGCCACAUUGGUGGUACAGCUUCUGCAAUUCCAGGAAGAUAAUUUAGGGAAAAAUGUAUCAAAGCCACCUAUGACUAGGCUUCCAAUGAAAUGUUUCUUAGAUUUUAAACCUGGUGGUGGCGUGUGUCAUAUAUUAGCUACCGCAUAUCGUUUCAAACAGGAGCAAGGAUGGCGGCGAUUCGAUUUUCCUGGUGGAAAAUCUGGAUCACGCAUGGACCGUACAGUAGAUAUGCUGAUGGCAGCGGAACGUGUCUUGAUACAGAAUAGAUGUAUGACUGUACCAAAUGUUUAUGUGAGACCGGAUGUUGAUAAGAACACAGCUGUGAAAGUCAAGGAAGUAGUUAGAAAGCAUCAGGGAACCGUCGUUGAAAAUGAAGCAGAUGCUACACAUAUUAUUUAUCCUCCAGUGGAUCCAAUGGAAGAAGAAUAUGCACGUCCUUGUAUGAGACGCGAGAGAUCGGUUCUAAUUCAUUGGUACUAUUUUCCAGACAGUUAUGAUUCAUGGUCAACACUAGAUCUUCCAUGGGAUUAUCCUGAAGGAACUUAUACAAAUACAAAUUCAAGAUCAGUGUACAAAGUAUCGGCUACAUGGGCUCUAGACUUGGAUCAAUAUAACGAGUGGAUGAAUGAGGAAGAUUACGAGGUGGAUGACAAUGGUCAGAAGAGAGUACACAAGUACAGACUUUCCGUGGAAGAUUUGAUGGCGCAGCCGUCUCAUCCGCCACCUGCAAAGAAACCUAAGAGAAAACGAUCGCCUAGCCCACCUCCGAAGCUCGGAAAACGUAAAAGUAGCAGAGCACCAUCGGGUAUACAAAGUGCGUCCGCAUCAUCGGCAACAGCUCCGAAGAAAUCACGCGGCGGCGAGGAAGAGGAAGAUCUAACUCAGGGAAUGGAGGAUCCGCCCGCCGAGCCUCGCAUCGUCGAAGUAGUUGCUACACCCACGAAUCUACCAAUUACAGGCCAGGGUAACUCAACAACAGGAAAUUCUACUUUGGCAUCUACUGGUAGUAAAAAGCAAGAUAGUGAGCUUCAACCUCUCAAAUCCGGAAAUUUGACCGACCUCGAUGAACAAAUGGAAGGGGACAAAGGUAGUUCUCAAGGCGGCCAAGACAGAGAAGAGAGAGAUACUAGUAAAGAAAGGGGUGAAGGUGGAAAAGGCGAUGAACCAGAAGAUAAUGUGACAGAGCAAACGCAUCACAUUGUUGUUCCUAGCUACUCUGCCUGGUUUGAUUAUAACUCGAUUCAUACUAUCGAGAAGAGAGCUCUAUCGGAAUUUUUCAAUGGUAAAAACAAAUCCAAAACUCCAGAAAUCUAUCUUGCAUAUAGGAAUUUUAUGAUUGAUACCUAUCGACUAAAUCCGACGGAAUAUAUUACAUCGACCGCUUGCAGACGAAAUUUGGCCGGUGAUGUAUGCGCGAUUAUGCGUGUGCACGCGUUCUUGGAGCAAUGGGGACUCAUCAAUUAUCAAGUAGACGCAGAAUCCAGACCGACGCCCAUGGGACCUCCACCAACGUCGCAUUUCCAUGUUCUGUCAGAUACGCCGUCCGGUUUAGCUCCAGUCAAUCCAAAUCCACCGAAAACGCCACAGCCGUCCGCCGCGAAGAUGUUGCUCGAUUUGGAGAAAAAACCCGUGAUCGGGGCGGUACCGGAGGAGAAAGUUGCAGCGGGCGCAAUGGCGAAUUUUGGUCUGAAGAUCGACCAGUAUUCGAGAAAACCGGCAGUUCUGAAGAAUAAGCAAGCAGCAGGCGCUACCCGCGAUUGGACAGAGCAAGAGACGCUCCUGUUGUUAGAGGGAUUGGAACUACACAAGGACGAUUGGAACAAAGUAUGCGAACACGUGGGCUCGAGAACACAGGACGAGUGUAUCUUGCACUUCUUACGUUUACCUAUAGAGGAUCCGUAUCUGGAGGAAGGUGGACCUGAAGGAUUGGGACCUCUGGCUUAUCAACCGGUACCCUUUUCGAAAGCUGGUAACCCUGUCAUGAGCACGGUCGCUUUUCUUGCAUCGGUCGUUGAUCCUAGGGUAGCAGCAAGCGCAGCAAAGGCCGCCAUGGAAGAGUUUGCGGCGAUAAAGGACCAAGUACCAGCUGCGUUGUUGGAUCAACAUUUAAGAAACGUUCAAGCAAGCGCUAACUCGGACGGUAAAUUUGAUCCAGCGGCGGGCUUGGCACAAUCAGGCAUCGCCGGUACAGGACCACCCGAACCGCCUGACGACACAACUGCAUCUGCCGCGACUCCCACGACGGGCGCAGCUAGUUCGCCUCAUUCCGCAGUGCCAACUCCCGAAGCAAAAAAAGAGGAAUCAGAGAAAUCUAAAGAUGCAAUGGACGUCGAACAAUCUCAGGUGGACGUUACGAAGAAGGAAGAUGAAUCGAAAGAGGGUGAAGAAGACGCAAAGUCCACCAUCGAUCCAGAGGCUGCGGAAGCGAAGGAAAAGAAGGAUAAGGUUGUAAGGGAUGCUCAGCUUCAAUCCGCGGCGGCAGCAGCGCUAGCGGCCGCAGCUGUUAAAGCUAAACAUUUGGCAGCUGUGGAGGAACGCAAGAUAAAAUCACUGGUUGCGUUACUAGUUGAGACACAGAUGAAGAAGCUGGAGAUCAAAUUACGUCAUUUCGAGGAAUUGGAAACUACAAUGGAGCGCGAGCGCGAGGGUCUUGAGUAUCAGCGGCAACAGCUCAUCACCGAGCGGCAACAGUUCCAUUUGGAGCAGUUGAAGGCGGCCGAAUUCAGGGCGCGACAGCAGGCUCACCAGCGAUUGGCUCAGGAGCAACAACAGCAGCAGCAACAACAGAAUCAACAACAUCCACCCUGGCAACCGCCCGGCGCGCAACAGCAGCAACAACAACCGCCGAGUCCGCAGGCUCAGACUCAACAACAACCGCCACCGCAUACACCGCCGCAACAGACAUAACUCUUUCAUGGAUCUUUUGGUGGCUGUUCCGGAUUGAGGACACACAAGGAAGACAUCAGAUGGGAAUGAUAAUGCUGGAGAAGCUGUGUCAUGUAAGCCCGCCUAACAACACCACUUGUGCAGCAGUAUAGCAAGUUCGCAAGA